CGCCAGAGUGAGCGCGCGACUGUCAAAAUAGCAACAGUACGUUAGCAGCCAAAACUUCACCACAGCAGUCCGUUAAACUCUAGCUAUUUACUUCUUUUGUAUUUUAUCCCAUGUUAUUCGCUCUGUAACAUCAGGUGAUCUGUCAUAUAUUUUUGCAAUGGGAUCAAAGGUGAUAUCCAGUGCUAAGGAGUUUUACAACAUUCUUCGGUCUCUUCAAGAUGAAGAAAGCAACAAGCCAUGUAUAUAUGAGGAGGACAUCCAAAUGUUGAAAAUGAAUGGAGACAGAAUCCCUGUGCUGAAUAUGUACUGUGGCAACCAGCCAGUCUUUAUCUGUGAAAAAGCUGUUCCAAAAAUAAAUGAACCUGAUGAUCAACAAAUGAGUGAAACAUCAAACUGCACUGAUGAUGAUGAUGCUGAUGACAAUGCUCUCCAGAGAGAAUUGGGACCACAGCCACUCACGAUAAUGAAAGCAAGGCAGUUGCUGUCUUGGUACACAUUAUCUCAAAAUGCUAAUGUGUCAGGUGUGGACAACAACCCUGCCUUACACCCUCUGUGGGUGCGAUGUGACAUGUCUGAUCCAGCUAGAACAACCUGGUUUGGAGCUGAAACCGUCUGUACGGGCAAUAAAGUGUCUGGAGUCAAAUUAUACUCCGUUACCUGCAAAGGCUCAACUGUGGGCAAAAAAUCUCUAAUUACCUUGGACAAGCUUAAACAAGAGCACAAGAAAAGGCAACCCUCAUCCUCGAUGGCGAUUAAAGGCAGUGCCAGGUUCAGUUUGUUUGGCUCCACUGUUGUUGAAAACACCUUGAUUGAGUCACAGAGUAGUGUUACGGUGGAUUUUAAAUGGAGCCAUGUGGAGAGUAUCCUCGAGACCCCACCGCUGUCCUCUACAGCAACACUGAAUAUCAAAGUUUCCAGCGGGGACAUGAGGAGCCCAAUGUAUGAGAUGUACAGGGAGCUAGAGUUUCUUCAGACUCUCGCUGAUGGUUUGAGAACUGGUGAGACUGAAUGGAUGGAGCCUUUGGAAAGCACGUCAGCUGUAAAUCUGACUAAGGCCUUCCUAGAAGAGCUUCAGGGCACUGCAAAGACACUACAGGACCAGGCUCCAAAAACAACUGAGCCCACAAAGACGAAGAGUGAGACGGACACUCCCAUUUUCAACUCUUUCUUGGAACGAGGCGAUUUGGAUUUUGUGGAGCAGCUGUGGGUUCGGAUGAGAAAGAGUGUAACUUCAUAUCAAGACAUUGGAGACUGCCUGAAAUUGGUCACGGAAGCUCUAAGAUAUGGUGACAUCAAACCCUGGAUUCACAGAGACAGCAGCAGCUCCCUCAGUAAGCUCAUCCUGCAGUCUUACCACCAGCAGAUCGAUCAUGUGUCUCUCACAGGUGUCACCCCUGUCCACAUGCUGCUAGAGAUGGGUCUGGACAAGAUGAGAAAGGAUUACAUUAACUACCUCAUUGGUGAAGAAUUGACAACUCUUAACCACUUGUGUUAUUACCUAAGCACAGAGGUUGAUCUGCAGGAGCAAGUGAUCCGACUCAGAAAACUGCACCAUCUGCUGGAAAUAAUAGUGACCUGCAGAACUUUCCUGGGUUUGCCCUACGACCGGCUCUUCCUUCUCACACAAUCGUGUUUGCAGCAUUACAAAACAUUCCCUUAUAAUGAGGAGCAUGAAUUCAAACUGCAAAUCAAACCAGCGCUGAUCAGCCAUUUCUACCAGAAAGAGCAGCCAGUAGUGUGGGAGGCUGAGGUGUCCAGUGGCCAUGGUCCACGUGAGGUCAGGACAUCCAUACAGCUCAGUGACAGACCACUGGUUGAUCACGUCAUCUUUGAAACAGAUUACCCAAAUGAAACUGUGAAUGGGGACAGUGAGGAUCCUGCCUUCUUCUCCACCAUGGUGUGCUGUAGUCUCGUCAACUUUGCAUGAAUUUACGCAGAGCACAACUAAACAACAAAGGAGGUGUUUAUUGUCAUUUUUGAUAUUCUCAUCUGCAAUUACUACGUCACAUAGUAUACGUUUCUGUUAAUAUACUGUAUUUUUGUCAAAUCUUUUGAAUAAACAACUUUCAGUCCUUUUGAAUGUA